ACGUAACACACAAUUAUGUUAGUGUGUUAGUGUGUUUAUGGAUAAAUAGUACCUUCAAAUGUUUUUAGAACUAGCACAUACGCAUAGUAACAAAUCUUAGCAACCAAUCAGAAGGGCCGAUACUAUGAGACAAUUGUGCAUGAAACAGAUUACUACAAGGAGCCAGUAUUUUGUCAAAACAUUGUCCAUUUAAAUGCAGUUUUCGUUGUUAUGUCCAAGAAUAUACAUUCAAAUAUAUAUUGACAUAUAACACAUGCGAUUUUUAUUUAUUUAUUCACUUCCAAAAUUCGUAUGUAUUCAUUAAGAGGGCCGAUACUAUGGACAGACAUUUUCCUGUUGAUGUGAUAGUCUGAUCGUCGAUUGAUAAGCAAUUAAAUAUAAGUGCUUUUAAACUCAUAAACAGAAACUCUGCCAUAGUUUAAUUAAUUAAAUGAGGAGCAAUGGUUGACAAAAAAUUACUAUUACCAUGUAAGAAGCUGUAAUCGUAUGUUUUGAAUCGUGUAUGCCUUCUUACUUUCCAAUGCGUUAUAAUAUUUCUAGAUUACUUGGAGCAACAACUUAAUGUAUAUUUCACAUGAAUACACAUGCCUUCUAAUAAGAUCAAUACUUCGAGGUUUAAAAAGAACACGAUUCAAGUCAACAGAUAAUCUCUGGAGCCCCCUUGCAAUAACCUUUUUCGAAAAAAGUGUAACUUAGAUCGUAUCUUAAUAUAUUCAUAUACGGAUAUUGCGCACGGCUUAAAACCACGAGACAACAAACAAUGCCAUGUUUUAGGUCUAAUGACAAACUCAAAUACAAAUAAGGCUGCUGUUAGUCUUGAUGAAAAUGGAUGGCGUUAGCAAAUCACAAGUUCACAUGACCUCAUAUCCAAUUUCAAGUACAAUCAAUAUCUACUAUUGCCAUUUUUGUAUGUCCCGUAUAUUGUCCCUAAAAGCGAAAACUUUUCCUACAAAGUCAUAGCGUCAUAACAAUCACGUGGUCUUUCGGUGUCUGAUGUUGUAAGAGAGUAUAAAAAGGAUGCACUGCUAAAUACAAUGGAAAGAACAAAAAAAUUGUUGAAAAGAAUGCUUCACCAGUUUAAUUUAGUUGUCGUGUUGAUUGCAAUAUGCGGUGGCCAUGCUCUUUUAUUUGAAAGUCCGAUCAUUGAACACGCGGUGAAUGCCAAAAGUAGCCCGAAUGUGCUAUGCAUUGCCGAACAUUGUGGUCGGCAAUCGGCUGCCUGCGUCACCGACGCCAACUGCCGACACAACAUGGAGUGCAUUACGAAGUGUGGACUUACAAACCAGAAGUGUAUGUACGAAUGCAUGAACACGUAUGAGGACGCCGUGUUCGACGCCUUCAUGAAAUGCAUGGUUGACGACAACCACUGCCUAACAUUGACGCCACCAGAUCCGACAUUCCGUUGCUCUCCGCCGGUGUCGACAUUGAGCAAUUUUAGUUUAUCCGAACUUACUGGUCAGUGGUAUAUAGCCCUUGGGUUAAACAAGGACUACGACUGUUUCGACUGUCAAAUUUCGACGUACAAACCCGUGCCGACCUCAAGCAAUUACACACUCACCGAACUUUAUGACGUUAUAAUGUUGAAUGGAAGUACACGUCACGAGAUGACCACACAGCAGGUCGCGCAGCUUGAUCCGCUAAAACCCGGCGUGCUGGACUUAACCAACCACAUGAUGGGGAUAACAAUGUACGAGAAGUGGCAAAUAGUUGAUUUUCCGUGGUCGGGCAACUACAUCAUCGUCUACUACUGCGGACACAUGUCAGCCGACUGGUGGUACGAAGGAGGGCUCGUGUAUUCCCGGCAACCGACAAUUAGUCCAGAAGAUUACUCGACAAUCUCCGAAGCUGUGCGACAAAAACUGGGUCACGACGUUAACGACUACUGUCGACCACGGACGACGCCCUGUUCUAACAUAUCGAUGUAACACUAUGUACAACCAAUUACAUAUAUUGUCAACA